CCAGCAUAUCUCAUCUAUCUCAGUGGUUUACGUAAAUAAUUGUAACAUCGUUUGGUUUAUGACGAAAUAGAUCUAUUUUGUCAUGGUUUAAUUAUUCAGUUUUUCGUGUUAUUAUCAUCAACUUCUUACGUUUUGACUGUUUUGAGAGCACGAGCAAUACAUUUCAUUAUUUACUCGAUAACAUUUGUACACAACAGCCGCGUUCAACCGUACGAGGAAUUCGCGAUACUCUACAGAGUACCAAAAGUAUUAUUCCAAUUUAAAGGCGAUUUGCUGUAUGUAUAUCUACCUUUCCUAGCCCGUUCUCACGUGUCUUUUAGCAGUAUGGAAAGUUUUACACAGAACAAUUUGAAGGAUUCGGGAUCCAGUAUUAUUUUACUCAAAGAUAACAUGGAUAAUGAUACAAAUGAGUAUGUUGAUACAUCUGUUAACAGUAUUUGGCAAUGUAUGAAAAGAAUAGAUACAAAUUUGGACUAUUUUGCAAAAAUAUUUAAUGUCGAACAAUCUCCUGAAAGAAAACCAACAAAAAUGGACGAUGAUGAAUUUUUAUAUUUAUUUCCAUUGACAGAAGUAGACGAUGUUUUUGACCUAGAAUCAAGGCUAUUAGAUGAUUGUUUUAAGAAAAAGUUUAUUGCAUAUAUUACACCUAAAUCUAAUCUUAAAUGUUUGUGUAAAUCAGAUCAAAAAUACUUUGUUAGAACACUUUUACGUAGAUUGUUUACGUAUAGUUUAGCAAGUCGCUAUUCUUGGUGUGGAUUUGGAGGAAAUUUUCAAAUUAGAAAUUUAACACUUGUUCAAGUUAUUUUUGAUAUAACAAAAAGCAAAUUCAAAACUGUUUCAAAGGAGUUUGUUAAUUUAAUAAUCAAAGAAUGGAUCAGAUAUACCAAACAACGCCGUGCUCGUCUGAAAAAAAUGAACUCUUCCUAAAUUCUUACUACUAAAUAGUACUUAAUUAUUUUUAAGGUAUUUUAUUUUUCUGAAUAAUAAGUGCAUAAAUUAAUUAAGAAAUGAUAAUAAGUUGUAAAUUAAAUUUAUGAAUUAUUUUACUGAUGCUAUUAGUAUAAGUAAAUUAGAACAAUCAUAAAAUGUCUGCCAUGAACAUUGUUUACUUUUUAGUAACUUUACUUGUAUAUGUAAUCUUUAUUUUUAUCAGUGAU